UACACAUUCACACACUGUAAAUAAUACUGCGAGUGAAUAUACUCACUGUGAGUGAGUAUUAUUUCUGUUUCAAAUGAAACAACGGCCUCGGCUCGACCAAUAUUACCGGAUUUUUUCUUGUUUCCCUCAAAGUCUCGCGGAGAUUUUUUUCCAGCGGUUUUAAAGUGCACGGAGUAGACGGCUGCCCCUCCAUUAACCGGUAGUAAUGCGGAGUGUAGCCAGCGCUGGCUUCAGCUAAGCCCAUCCGACAAUGUCACAUAAACACCAUCAUCACUAGCAGCGCCACGAAAGCUUCACUGGAAUAAUCUUUUUCCAAAUGCCAUCGAAGACAGACGGGAGAAUACCGGGAUAUUUAAACGUCAGCUCUUUUUGUCCAUUCUGUCCAUCCAUCCCAUUGAAAAGGUCAUGAAAGCUUCCUCUUCCUAUUCCCACUGACCCCUGACAACCCACUGACCUUUGACGUGUGUUCCUGUCAUCUUCAACCCUCUCCUGCUAUGCAGCCAUGAGCUCUGCGCUAUGGAGCCAGGAAAAGCCAGCAGGCAGUUUCCGGGACGACUGGCACUUCUACAUUGUGGUGAAGGAGUGCACUGUGGAAAAGCCGGGUCAGAAGACUCUGCGCAUUCCACGCGGCAGCCUUGGCCAGGCCUGCCAGGAACGCAACAGCCUGGGUCGCACAAUCCCACCCAGCAAGGGUAAGUGCAGCCUACGCAUCCUGGACCAGACCAAUGUGGUGGUGAGCGUGGAUGAAUGGGACGUUAUGGAGCUUGAGGAGAAGCUGGCGGAGCUGCUGUUCCCCAUCACCAACUGUGAAGAGCGUUACAGCCUGCUGUGCGACAGAGCGCGUCUGGACAGGGCCCGCGACAUCAACUGCGGAUCAAAAGUUCGAGUACAGCUGAGGUCUGGCGACGAGCCUCUUCCAGGUGUGGUCCGCUUUAAAGGAGCUUUGCUGCCCGACCGAGCGCUGAGUGGUGUCUGGUUUGGUGUUGAAUUGCUGGAGGAGGGCCGGGGUCAAGGUUUCACCGAGGGCUCUUAUCAGGGUCAGCAGCUGUUUCGUUGUGAAGAUGAAUGCGGUGUCUUUGUUGCACUGGAUAAACUUGAGCUCUGGGAAGAUGAGGUGGAACGUGUGACGCUACAGGAUAAUGACCCGGAAGUGGAAGGCGAAGGACCGCCACUGGAGAUCAACUCUCGAGUGUUGGUGCAGACACGGGAUGGCCCAGAACGGGGCACUGUUAUUUUCUGUGACUUACUGCCUGGCAAUGAGAGUCUUGGAUACUACGUUGGUGUUGAUAUGGACAAUCCCAUUGGAGACUGGGAUGGGAUCAUCGACGGCAAACAGCUGUGUAAUUUUGCUAGUCUUGAACACACCCGUCUCGUCCCCAUCUGUGAUGUGAUGCCAGAAUACUCCAUGCAGGAUCAGAGGCUGCCCAAAGUAUUUGCCUGCAGGGGCGGCAGUGACAAACCUGGCAGCCAGAGCAAACCAAAGAGCAAAGGGUUAGGCCUGCAGCCUGGCAGCAGGAGCAAGUCUGAGUUUUAUUAUACGCUAAAUGGCAGCUCGGUUGAUCACCCUGCUCAGUCCAAAGCCAAAAGCACAUGGUACAUAGAUGAAGCUUUUGGGGGUUACCUAAGCGAAGUAGUUAAUGAGAACACUCCUCCUCGGACAGAAAAUUACGGUUUAGAGGUGAUGGUGGGGAAAAAGAAGGGAAUACAAGGACAUUACAACUCCUGCUAUCUGGACUCUACUCUGUUCUGUCUUUUCUCCUUUAGUUCUGUGUUGGAUACGGUGCUCCUGAGGCCAAGAUCUAAAACUGAUGUAGAAUAUUACAAAGAGACACAAGACUUACUACGCACAGAAAUAGUCAACCCACUACGAAUACAUGGCUACGUGUGUGCCACUAAAAUCAUGAAACUUAGGAGGAUAUUGGAGAAAGUGGAGGCAGCGUCAGGAUUCACUUCAGAAGAGAAAGAUCCUGAGGAGUUCCUCAACAUCCUUUUUCAUCACAUCCUGAGAGUUGAUCCUCUUCUCAAACUUCGGUCUGCAGGACAGAAGGUUCAGGACUGUUACUUCUAUCAAAUCUUUAUGGAUAAGAAAGAUAAAGUGUUGGUGCCAACCAGCCAGCAACUUCUGGAGUGGUCCUUCAUCAACAGUGAUCUCAAAUUUGCAGAGGCCCCUUCUUGCCUUAUAAUUCAGAUGCCUCGCUUUGGGAAGGACUUUAAGAUGUUUAAUAAGAUCUUCCCUUCUCUGGAGCUUGACAUCACAGAUCUAUUAGAUGACACUCCUAGAGAAUGUCGAAUUUGCGGUGGCUUAGCUCUUUACGAAUGCAGAGAGUGCUAUGAAGAUUGUGACAUCACACCAGGAAAGAUCAAGCAGUUCUGCGAAAAGUGCAAUACACAGGUACAUCUACACCCACGGCGUAAGUCUCAUCGAUAUGUUAAGUUAUCUAUACCUAAAGAGCUGCAGGAGUCGGUUUGGAGACAGGGAUCUUACCCUCACCAGCAGAUGGAGCUGUUUGCCGUGCUCUGCAUUGAGACGAGCCACUAUGUUGCCUUUGUCAAAUAUGGAUCUGCAGACUCGGCCUGGCUAUUCUUCGAUAGUAUGGCUGACCGCGACGGCGGUCAGAACGGGUUUAACAUCCCACAGGUGUCCCCAUGCCCUGAAGUAGGGGCCUACCUGAAGAUGACCCCAGAGGAACUCCACGCACUGGACCCCAAGAACAUCCAGGGCUAUGCACGCAGACUUCUCUGUGACGCCUAUAUGUGCAUGUACCAGAGUCCCACCAUGAGCCUCUAUAAAUAGAGAGGGAGAAAUGAAGAAGGAUGGAAAGGUAGGAAAGGGAAUGGCCGAGAAGGAGAGAGAUGAGGGAACGAGGGAACAGAGGAAAAGGGGCUGUGGUGAAGAGAGAAUGAGGAGGAAAAAAGUGCCCAGGAAAAUGCACUCCCACGUCCGGUUGCCUCAUCCUCUGUUCUGCAUCUCUCUGUACAUACUGCAGGGUAAAUACAGUCAUGAGAGCGAAGGAGAGAUCAAGAGAAUGAACGAAAAAGCAUAUUUGCACUGUGUGAGAGCAUAUGUGUUUGUGUGUUUGUUGAAGUGUCGUUGUUGUUUUCUCUGAUCUGUGCCGUCUUGGGCUAAGCUCAAACUCUUGAGUGUUCCGAGCGGUGUUUUGCACGGAGAGAAUUCGCAAUCUUUCCAGCCCUCAGGUGUUUCGCAGACGCUCACUCACCUGAUGGCUUCACAUUCGCCACCUACCGCCAGAACUGACCCCUCCAAACAACAACACAUUCUAACCCUGUAAAUGAAGCCUUGGAUGAAUGACCAAAACAGGAUGUUUCCCUUCUGUCUGAAUUCUUCCAUUCGUCAUUAACCCAUCUUAAUGCACUGCAGCAUCCAGCAUUAAUUAUAGUUCAGAUGCACUGUGUGUAGUCCCUGUUUUUGCCUUUAUAUUUUGCUGUGAAGUCUUUGUCAGGUGUGUUCACAUACAGCAGAGCCCUUGACUGCCAUGCACUGGUCCCAGAUCAAGACAGAAGAAUGAGAUGAUUAAGCACACUUUUUUUGUUUUUUUUGACAUGAAGAAUAAUAUAAUUGAGCCUUUUCUUGUUAAAAUAGGAAUUAUUUCAUUUUAUUAUGAUUUGGUUUUUAUAAAUGUGGAAAUAUUAUUUUAAAUAUUGCAAAAAAAAUACUAGCAGCUUCCCAGGCCAUGCUCUCAAAAUCAUAAAUUAGUGGUAAAUUACUUCUUACAGAUACGAGUCAAUUUGUGCAAAUAUUAUGAUGAUGUGAAAUUCCAAAAGUUACUGUUUUGCAGUCAAGGACAUGUUACUGUUAUAAAGAACUGAUUCCAGUUCCUGUUUGUAUAUGACAUGCUCUGGUUUGAGUGUUCACGGCGGAGGCUGAAUGGGCAGAAGCUGUUUCACGCUAAACUGCAGUGCUGUUGGCUAAUUUGCGGUAACACUGUUCAUCGAGAUACUGGAUUGAUGUACUGUGCACAUUUUUGCUAUGGGUUAUCGGAUUGUUUACAUGGCCUGGUUUAAACUGAAAGGUUAUGGAAAGAAACAUGCAUUGGGAUUGUUUUUUAAUCUCUGCUGAUGUAACCGUACACUAUUGGAGAGAUUCUCCAUGAGCGGCUGUAAUGGGAGAAAGAAUGACGACUAGUGUACUUGUGUAAAAUGAAGCCAGGUGGACGUUAUUAUCUCUGUGCUGUUCUCUUAAAUGUUAACUAAAUUAAAAUGCCAUUUUG